AACUUCAGUUUGUGUUCAGCGUUGAUAACGCGAGUCAUUAUCGAGUGCACUUGUUAUUGUGAGUUGUCGUUUAAUUAACUUUUAAAUAGUAUUACUGGUUUAUUUAAUCAGUUAUUUCAAUUUUUUUUUGUUUUACAAACGUAGACUAUUCUUUAUUACUACUAUGUGUGCAUUUAUUAAAUCAUAGUCCAUUGCUAUCCAACUAAUAUCUCUACUUAUUAAUGCCUUUUACUUGAUUAACGCCUAUUUUUUGUAUUUGAAAACUAAUAAAUAGUUUUAUAUUAGUGACUGAGAUUCAAAGCAAAAAGGAAAUGUUGUUUCGGACUAUUAACUAUUUUAUACUAUUAGUAGUUAAUUUAAGCCUUUAUGUGAGUGCUAUUUGUUUUUUCUCAUCAUCUAGCCCGAAUUCUUCAAAUCGUUUGGAUAAUAUUUGGCUCAAUGAGCUCUGUGGCGAAAUUGAUGAGACAAAUACUACUGUAGAAACAGUUGAUAAAUUAAAUAAUUAUCAUAUUUAUCCUCGAAUUAUCAGCAUUGUGUCCAAGGAUUAUUUUAAAUUUUUUAAGGUAAACCUUAGGAGAAAAUGUCCGUUUUGGUCUGACGAUAGCAAGUGUGCAAUGAGAUACUGUCAAGUGGAAUCAUGUCAUUUGGAUGACUUACCCAUAGGUCUCAAAAGUAUUCGUAAUAGUUUAGUAGAUGUAGACAUGUCGAUUAAAUAUAUGGUAGGACCCCAACAACAAGAAUGUGAAGAAGCUACACAAUAUGAAUUAGGAUAUAUUAACACAACAAUCAGCCUUGGUGGAAAGCUGAGAAAUUAUGCUGCAGCAAUGGAAGAUUUUGCUCUUUGGCAAGCUCAUGAUGAUUUACAAGAAAUGUAUUGUACUUUACCAGAAGAUGAUGGUGAUGCUGAAUAUGUUGAUUUAUCAUUAAAUCCUGAACGAUAUACUGGAUACAAAGGACCAUCUGCCAAUCGAGUUUGGAAAACUAUUUACAUGGAAAACUGUUUUAGACCAAAAAACUUGUUUGAAGUUUCAAUUAAAUCUACAUUGUUAACUGGAAUGUGUUUGGAGAAAAGAGCUUUUUAUCGUGCAAUAUCUGGACUUCAUUCUAGCAUCAAUAUACAUCUUAGUGCUAAAUAUUUAUUAUCUGAUAAAGGAACUACAUUUUUAAACCCAUGUGGCACUGGUACUUGGGGUCCAAACAUUGAAGAGUUUGAACGCAAAUUUGGACCACAAUAUACUAAAGGGGAAGGUACACAAUGGUUAAGAAACUUGUACUUUUUAUUUCUGGUAGAACUUAGAGCAUUGCAAAAAGCAGCUCCUGUGCUUGAACAAGUAGAAUACUAUACAGGAAAUGAUAAAGAAGAUGAAGUUACUCGUUUUGCUGUUCAUAAUUUAUUGGGUAUUGUCAAACAAUUUCCACAACAUUUCAAUGAACGAUCUAUGUUUUCUGGUGGACAACAAGCUCAAAAGUUAAAAGAAGAGUUUCGCUAUCAUUUUCGUAACAUAUCAACAAUAAUGGAUUGUGUUGGAUGCGAUAAAUGUAGAUUAUGGGGAAAACUACAAGUACAGGGACUUGGGACAGCACUAAAAAUAUUGUUUUCAAAUAAAACUCGAACAAAUGGAUAUUCUUUUACUGUUAAUAAACAUACCUUAAAACUAGAGCGUAGUGAGAUUAUUGCCCUUUUUAAUUCAUUUGCAAGGUUGUCAACAAGUAUAUAUGAACUGGAUAUGUUCCGAAAAAUACUUCGAUAAAUUGUAUACUUUCCUUAUGAAAAGUAAUAAGAUUAUACAAAAGCAUCACAGCUUUCUCAAUUUUAAUCUUCUAAGUUUUAAUAACCUUAAUAAAAUAUACAUUCCCAAUAUAUUUAU